CAACAACCACGCUUUGCUAGCAUCCCAAAUUAUUUCUCUAUCUUUUACAGAAAGAAUGGGACUUGUUCAGCAAAUAAUGCAUGUCCUGGACUUUCCAGGGUUUCCUUGGAAAACAGUGAUUGCCAGUUUCUCUAUUGGAAAAUAUGUGUGGGAUCUGUACCUGCAACGCAGACAGGCUCCUUACUUAUUGAAAGAGAGUCCUCCUACGGUUUUAGCGGAACAUGUUGACGAAGAGAAAUAUCAGAAAGCUUUAGCUUACGCUAGAGACAAAACUUUUAUGAGCACGAUUGUUUCUACUUUUGCAUUAGUGACUGACCUAUUGUUGAUUAAAUUCAACGGCCUUUCUUACUUGUGGAAUGCUACAAAGUUUUCUUGGAUGGAUCGUUUGGCGGCCUCUGCUUCUAAGUUUAGUUUGUCAGUUCCUAUUUCCCACUCAUGUGUGUUUUUAUUCGCACUUACUGUCUACUCUUGUAUCAUCCAGCUUCCCUUUUCUUUGUACUCUACCUUUGGAAUUGAGGAAAAGUACGGAUUUAACAAAUCCACCCCAAAAAUUUUCUUUAUGGACAUGUUCAAAGAGCUCACCAUUGGCGGUGUUUUAAUGAGUUUGCUGGUUUCUACCUUUGUAAAGAUUACUAUGAAUUUUGGUGACAACUUUGUUCUCUACGCUUGGGGUGCCUACAUUCUCUUUGGUUUGGUUUUACAGUCCAUUGCGCCUUCCCUAAUUAUGCCCCUUUUCUUCAAGUUCACCCCAUUAGAACAGGGUUCUUUGCGUACAAAAAUCGAAAAACUUGCUGCUUCCAUCAAAUUUCCCUUGAAGAAGCUUUAUGUGGUUGAUGCUAGUCGCCGUUCGGCUCACUCCAACGCAUUUUUCUAUGGUCUUCCCUGGAAUAAGGGUAUUGUUUUAUUCGAUACCUUAGUAAAGAACCACACUGAAGAGGAAUUGCUUGCUAUUUUGGGUCAUGAACUCGGCCACUGGUACUUGUCACACAACUUGAUCCAUACUUUGGUAGAUUACGGUAUGAGCCUUGCACAGUUAUUUAUGUUUGCAGCAUUCUUGCGCAACAACAGUCUUUAUGAAGCAUUUGACUUUACGAAAGAGAAGCCUGUUAUUAUUGGCCUUUUACUGUUUUCCGAUGCCCUUGGACCCGUGUCCUCGCUUUUGACUUUCGGUUCCAAUAAAAUUUCCCGCUUCUGUGAGUAUCAAGCAGAUGCCUAUGCCAAGAAGCUUGGUCUUGCUAAGGACUUGGGAGAUGGUUUGAUUCGUAUUCACAACGAUAACCUUUCGCCCUUGGAGUACGAUUCCCUUUAUACCUCUUAUCAUCACAGUCAUCCAAUUUUGACCGACCGCUUGGAUGCUAUUGACUAUAUGAACUUGAAAAAGAACAAUUGAACAUUAAAGAAUUUCUACAUGCUUCUAAAAGUGAAAUGAGUAUAGUUAUGAUUUCCAAUGCAAUAGAUUUUUUUAUCCAUAAAGCGUUUGAACUUUUUGAUUCGCCUUAUUUCCAAGCGAAGGAGCAUAGUUAUAACGAGUAGACACCA